CAUGGAACUUAAAUUUGAUACUUAACGAGCUUAAGUAUUUUCAGACAACAACAACAACAAAAAGAGAGUUUGCACCCAAAAAAACGAGAGUAAGAACAGUAUGCGAGUGAUACCACCAGCAAUCAAAGAGAUCUUAGACAAAUGGAACAUCAGAGGACUUGUAAUACUGUCUCUAGUGUUCCAAACGUCUCUUAUCUUCCUUGCACCGCUGCGAAAACGUACAUCGAAGAAGCUGCUCGCUAUGAUUCUAUGGACAGCGUAUCUUUUAGCGGAUUGGACAGCUAAUUAUGCGGUGGCUCAGAUCACGAAGAACCAAGGAAAGGAACCAAAACCCGGUGAUCCUCCGAAGAACAAGAAGCUACUUGCUCUGUGGGCACCGUUCUUGUUAUUGCAUCUUGGUGGUCCGGACACGAUAACUGCGCUGGCCCUAGAGGAUAAUGCCUUAUGGGCACGUCAUUUAUUUGGCCUCGUAUCUCAAGCACUUGCUGGUGUUUAUGCGGUGGUGCAAUCAAUGGAUAACCCUUUAUGGCCACCAAUAGCGUUACUAUUCAUCACCGCAGUGAUAAAAUACACCGAGAGGACACGUGCACUAUACACUGCGAGUUUAGACAAGUUCAAAGACCAAAUGCGUAAACCAGCAGACACUGGUCCUAACUACGCUAAGCUCAUGGAAGAAUACGACUCAAGAAAAGACUCCAACCUCCCAACGGAAAUCGUCCUUAUUGACGAACCAGACAAGCACGAUAGACCCCCGACACUUAAACCGGGACCAGAUCCCUUAACCCAUCUCGAAAUCGUUCAGUACGGUUUUAGAUUCUUCAACAUUUUUAAAGGACUCGUAGUUGACCUAAUCUUCAGUUUCCGUGAGCGAGACGAAAGCAGAGACUUCUUCAAAGAGUUGGCUCCCGAGGAAGCUCUUAGGAUUAUUGAAUCCGAGCUAGGGUUUCUAUACGAGUCCAUGUAUACCAAAACCGCGAUUCUUCACACGAAUAAGGGUACUGUGUUUCGCGUUAUCGCGUUUGGAUCGCUUCUUGCUUCCUUCCUUGUCUUCCAUUUUAGACCUAAAAAAUCAGUGGAAUUCCAUGGAGCGGACGUUGUGAUUACUUACACUUUGUUCAUCGUCGGCAUCGCUCUUGAACUCUCCUCGCUUGUCAUGUUCUUACUCUCUGAUUGGAUGUUCGCGGUAUCCAGCAAGCUUAAGGAUGAUCAAGUGAAAGACAAGAAGAAUUAUAUCGACUAUUUUCUCAACCGCUUACUCGCGGUAUCGAGCAAGCUUAAGGAUGAUCAAGUGAAAAACAAGAGGAGUUAUAUCGACUCUUUUCUCAACCGUUUGCUUGCAUUUAGGAAACCACGGUGGACGACGAUGCAUGCAUGCAAAGGAAACCAUACGCACGAGGUGCUUACGACGCCGUUUUUGUUGCGGAGAUGGUCAGGUAUGAUCUACGGUUUCAACUUCAUUGGGUAUUGUCUGAAAGCUAAAGUCUCAAGAAUCCACCAGAGGAGUGAGUUUGUGUGGGAGUUUGUGGUGUCCUUGUUCGAUUACGUAAUCAGAAGAUUCCAGGUCUUGUCUGGAUGGAUCAAGGAUCGUGAAAGUUCAGUUAGAAUCUUCAUCAGGAGAUGGUCAAAGAAGAAUCAGAUUAUUUAUUACACGAUUUAUCCGUUGUACCUCAUGUUCUUCUCGGCGAUCCCUUGGGUGUUCAGAAAGUUUUGGGGUUACGUUGAUCGAAUCUUCAGUAUUAAAUCUCAUCUAGACGAGAUCAGAUUCGUAUCGAGCGAGCCACUGACGAGGAACCAAUGGGAGUUUAUAUUCAGUGAGCUGAAACACAAGUCCGAGUUCGCGGAAACACCCGAAUGUGCAAAGAAAGUGUCUUCGGCAAGAGGAGAAUGGGCUUUACAGGAUAGCAAGUUGGAGGAGGUUGAGAGACUGAUGCGCUAUAUAACGAAUGUUGAUUAUGAUCAAAGUCUUCUCCUUUGGCAUAUUGCUACUGAGCUAUGUUUUCAAGAAGAAGAAAAAGAGGAGGUGGAGAAUAUGAGUGGAGAGAGUUGCGAUGACCGUGAGUUCAGCAAGAUUAUAUCGGAUUACAUGAUGUAUCUGUUGAUAAUGCAACCUAAGUUGAUGUCGGAAGUUGCGGGAAUCGGGACUAUAAGAUUUAGAGACACUUUAGAUGAAGCUAAGAGGUUCUUCAAAGGAAGACACUGCAAGAACCUGAGAGAUAUGAAACGAGGGAGCAAGAUGAUUUUAUCGGUUAGUAACGAUAUCGAGCCGAUGCAUGUGAAGGGGGACCGAAGCAAAUCGGUUCUUUUUGAUGCGAGUAUGUUGGCAAAAGAGCUUAAGAGACUGGACGGGAGUAGUAGUCAUGGAGAUGGGAAAUGGAGAGUGUUGAGCAAGGUGUGGGUUGAGUUACUAUCUUACGCAGCAAGUCACUGUAAAGCUACGGAGCAGGUGGCCCAACUUAGCAGAGGUGGAGAGCUUCUUAACUUUGUUUGGUUGUUGAUGGCUCACUUUGGUUUAGCUGAUCAGUUUCAGAUCAAUAAAGGAGAUGCUAGAGCUAAACUCGUUGUAGGCGAGUGAUAGCUUUCUUUUCAUUCUUUUUUUUUAAUAAAGAAUUUGUGUGUGUGUGUGUUUGUAGUUUCUUUUGCUCUGUUUCGAAUUUCAGGCAUUGUUCUUUGAUUUCUUUGAUAAAGGGAGAUGGGAUGGUGAAAUGGUUUGACUUACA